AAGUAGCUUGAAGAGCAUCAAUAUAAGUGUUAAAAAGUGUGUUGUUUGCUUAGAGCUGACGAAAAUAUGAAUACCGAUAUUGAAUUAGGGGAACGAAUUGCGUACGGCGUAUUUGGCAACGUAACGAAAGCAAUGUACCAGGGCAAGGAAAUCGUAUUAUCAAGACUCUUGCUACGUGCGUGUCCCCAAUCAUUUUAUGAAUGUCGUCAUCCAAAUUUAUUAAGCAUAUACGGAGUGGACGAAAGGAAAAAUUUAAUGAUUGAGUAUGUUCAGUAUACAACUCUGGCAGACGUUUUAUUUGACCGCGAACAAAGAGAUUAUACAUUAAAGCAAGCUAUUAAUUGGAUGCAACAGGCUGCAGAGGGCCUUUUUUUUUUACACAACAUGACGCCAAAACUAAUAAGCCUUGAUUUUGAAACAACAACAUUGCUCUUAACUCAAAACCUACAGUGCUUAAAGAUCGGCGGUACUCCUUUCUGUCUGGAAAAUGAUCAAUUGCCGCGACAUGAGCGUGUCUGUCAUAUGGCUCCCGAGGUUUUUAACGGUGAUCCAGUUACAGAAGCCUGUGAUGUUUAUAAGUUUGGAGAGGUACUCUGGCAGGUUAUGACGCGUAAAAACGACCCAUAUUUGUUUGCUGACAGAAGGGAAUGCCCCCCAAUAAGUGAGGUGUUAGUUAUGAACACGGACGACAUAAAAGCAUUAAUUGAAAAAUGCUGCCAGAAAAAUCCGAUACUCAGGCCGUCAAUAAACGAUGUGUCCAGCAUUCUGAAUUUGUUUGUUGAAUCUUCGACCUCGGAAACUUUAGAGUACAUUUUUACCGCUGACAUCGGAUCUGUAGUGAGCUGUAGUACUAUAAAUUUGACAGAGGACAUGAAUAUCGGAGAGGGUACAUUUGGUAAAUGCUACAAAACUACCUGGUACAAUAAAAGUGUUGUCAUUAAAGAGUUCAAAAAAUUGGAGAAAACAUCUGAAAAAAGUUUAAAAAAUCUUAAAAGAAUUAUUGCAAUUGCUACCAUAUCGGCCCCAAAUUUGAUCGGCCUGGUGCUCCCAUUUGGAAUUAUUAUUGCCCACGAUAGACUUUCUUUAAUUAUGGAGUAUGCAGACUGUGGUUCUUUAUAUCAACGUAUAUAUGGAAAAAACAAUCAGCCAUAUACAGAAAAAACUGCCUUAAAUUGGAUGAAUCAGGCUAUGGAUGCUGUCACAACAUUACACCAAUUGAGAUGCUUUGUUCACGGCAAUAUUAAGCCACAAAACAUGAUGCUGUAUGACAAUUUCAAAUCCCUGAAAAUUGGAGAUUGGUGCACAAUUUUUGAACAUAGCACAUUGUACAAGCAUAAUCAUCAUGACAUAGAUUACAUUGCACCGGAAACAAUGGAUAAGGGAUGUUAUACAAGAGAAAGCGAUAUAUAUAGUCUUGGUAUUGUAUUUUGGGAGAUAUUAGCACAAAGAAAACCGUUUGAUCACAUAAGAAGUCUAAAAAGAGGACCUAAAAUAACAAAAAUAAUUGAAGGUGAACGCCCAAGACUUGAAGACAUAAAAUUUCAUAACAUGGACUAUGAACUUUUACUAAAUAGCUGUUGGGACCCAACUCCAGAGAAUCGCCAUAUAAUAAAAGACUUGGAGAAUUUUUGUGAAAACGAAUUUAAUUUACCAAAAAGCGGAGAUAAAAAUUUUGAAAUUUCGGAAUUUACAACGGAGUCCAACGAAAAUAUAGCAAAUAUUGUUAAUAUCGGUUCUUAUGGAGCCGAACUCAAAGUCAAUUGGAUUAAUGAGGAAAAGACUGUUGUACUCAGCAGAGUCUGUAAGAUGAUUAAGAAUAAUGCUGAGAAAAUAAAUAAUAUUAUAUCUGAAGUUCAACGGCUUAUAACUGUCGAGCACGUAAAUAUUUCUGCAAUAUUUGGUUAUACUUCUCACAGCAAAUUCCUAUACGUGAUCACCGAAUAUGAACAAUGCGGAUCGCUACACAAUUGCUUGCAUGUUGAUAGGAUUGAUUAUAACGUACAGCGUGCUGUUAACUGGAUUCUUGGACUUGCCAAAGGCUUGGAAUACAUGCAUGCAAUGAAGCCAUCACCUAUGAUUCACGGUAAUCUAAAGAGCCAAUGUCUACAGUUGACAAACAAUUACACGGAUUUAAAGAUUAGCGGCUUCUGGACUGAUUCUACGGAAUUAAGUGUAAUGACAGCACCAGAGGUGGUCAACAGUAGGCAGAAGACCAAAGCGAGUGACAUAUAUUGUUUUGGCAUUGUUUGGUGCGAGGUUUUGACUCGCCAGAAGCCACAAAAAAAUAAUGGCGAAAGUAUGGUUGACGCCAUUCCGGAAACUAAAUUCAAGCAUAUGAAGCCGUUAAUAAUUAGUUGCCUAAACAAAAGUUCAGAAAAGCGACCCUUAAUAGAAAAAUUAACAAUAAUACUUUCCAAUAUUAAAUCUAUUGAAGAACUGCCUGCUGAAAUACAAUCAAAUAUGAUUGAAUCUUCAGACUUCCACGAUAUAAAGGUGGCUGCUCGUGGAAGCUUUGGAGAUGUGAAAAUAGCAAAGUGGCGGGAUCAUAACGUUGCUCUUAAAAUGUUUAUAAGCAUCAACCAGGAAGAAAAUAUUCCUCAAUUUCAAUAUCAUGAAAAGGAAAUAGCUCAGCUGCUUUGCUUAAAGCAUAACAACAUUGUGACGAUUAAUGCCAUUACAUUUGAUAUUGACUAUGUAUAUUUAGUGAUGGAGUAUUCAGACUGUGGAACACUGUAUACUUUAGUACACGAUGAGAGUGAGAAGUACACCAUAGAGCAAGCUUUUGAUUGGAUAGAUCAGUUGAUUGAGGGCAUUGAAUAUAUGCACAGCGUACCGUUAAUACAUGGUGAUUUGAAGACCAGCUGUGUUUUCCUAUUUAAAGAAAAUCGUAUUGUAAAGAUUGGUGGCUUUGGUACAGAAGCUUCUGAAGAAUCCCUGUUAAUCGCACCAGAAAUUAUAGAUGAUGACACUAACUCGGAGGAAAGCGAUGUUUACAGUUUUGGCAUUAUCUUGUGGGAAAUAAUGUCACGCAAGGAGCCGUUCUAUCAUUUGGAGCAUCUUCCUACCUACAAGAAACAGUCCAAAAUUUGUAAAGAGGAUAAUCGUCCACCACUUGAUGAUAUAAAGAAAUCAAAUUUCGACAACAAAUUGACAACCACUGAACGGUGUUGGGAGAAGGACUAUGAUAAUAUAUCAUUUAUAAUUGAAAGCUGUUGGCAAAAGGAUCUUAAAAAACGUCCAGUGGGAAAGCUUUCCUAUUUGUUCUCUCACGUUAAAGCCACAGAUAAAUUGUGUGAAAUGUUAAAUAUUUGGGAAAUAGAAUUUGGAGAGAAAAUUGGUCAAGGCGGAUUCGGCACAGUAUUGAAGGCGUUGUGGCGGAAACAAUAUGUUGCAGUGAAAACAUUAAACAAAAACAUUGACAAGGAAGCUAUGACUAAGUUCGAUAAGGAAAUAAAACAACUAUCCAGAGUGAAUCAUGAGAAUAUUGUUAAGCUGUACGGCAUUACAGCUGAUAAGAAUAAUAUAUAUUUAGUCAUGGAGUACGCGGAAUGUGGAUCCCUACAUGAUCGUAUUCAUAAGUCCUCGGAAGGUUACACAGUGAAAGACGCAAUUAAUUGGAUGUAUCAAUGCGCUAAGGGUAUUGCGCACUUACAUGGUAUGAGUCCAAAAAUGAUUCACAGGGACCUAAAGCCGGACAACUUGUUGCUUACCAACGAAUGUCGCAUAUUGAAAAUAGGCGAUUUUGGAACGGUGGUUGAUUUAAAGACACUGAUGACGGGUACGAAUACGGUAACACCGGGAUAUACGGCACCAGAGGUGGCAAAUGCCGGACAUUAUACGGAAAAGUGCGACGUAUUCAGUUUUGGAAUUAUCUUUUGGGAGGUAAUGAAACGGAAAAAGCCUUUUCAUGAUAACUUUUCGGAGCCGAAUUUCUGGGCAAUUUCAUAUGCAGUUACUACUAGAGUUCGUCCACCGGUAACUGAUAAAAUAUUUUCGAACGUCAAACAGCUGCUUGAAGAUUGUUGGAUUCAUGAGGCAGAACAGCGGCCAAUAAUAGAAAUCGUGCUUGAGACUUUAAAUAAACUGGAUAAUUCUACUAUGCCGGAUACUGUGCUAACAAUACCGAUUGUCGAAGAUAAAUAAAAAUAAUAAUAAUU